GAAGGGUAUGCUCAUAGCUGAUAAGUUGAGCUGCAGUCUGACGGGUCGACUACAAGAACCAAAAUGAAGACCGCCCUAGAGGACAAAAAAAGGAAGGUUACUGAAGGCACCGGGAAGGCAGCGGCAGGAAACACAAGGAUGGGGGAUCCAGACCGGAUACUCAGUGCAUCCCCCAACUGGUAUUGCAGUCGCUCCAGUGACGCAGCCGGAGGGCUCUUUGGAUUUGCUGCACGGAAUUCUGUCUAUUUGCUACGUAUAAGCCCCCAGGAACCUGGAUUAUAUGGGGAGCUGGUUGGACAUACAGAACGCGUGUCUGGUUUUGGCUUCUCUCACUUCUCCGGUCAGUCUCACCUCUGUGCCAGCAGCUCUGAUGACGGCUUCGUGAAAGUAUGGGACACCCAGACAAAGAGCUUAGUAACGGAACACAAGCUCCAUCGGAACACAAUCUCUGCCCUCGACUGGUCUCCCCUGGUGAAGGAUCUGCUGGUAACCGGCGAUGAGAAGGGGAUAGUGGUUUGCUUUUGGUGUAACCGAAACGAUGGGCAGCAAUUUUUUCCAGAGCCGAGGACCAUCUUCUGUCUGUCCUGUGCACCUCACCAAGAAGAUCUAGUGGCAAUCGGCUACAAGGACGGUAUGAUUGUCAUCAUAGAUAUCAGCCGUAGAGGAGAAGUCACUCACCGUUUGCGGGGACAUGAUGAUGAGGUCCACUGCCUGGCAUGGUGCCCACAUCCCCGAGAGGAAGAUCUGUAUCAAAAGCUGGAGGAAACACAAGGAGUAGAACUGAAUACGACCAAUGGUGACCUCUUGCCAGAGUCAGAAAACAAGGGCUGCUACCUGGCCUCAGGGAGCAAAGAUCAAACCAUCCGUAUCUGGAGUUCCUCCACAGGCAAGGGCAUUAUGACUCUGAAGUUGCCGUACCUAAAGAGGCGGGGAGGAGGAAUGGAUCCUAUGGUGAAGGAGCGCUUAUGGUUGACAGUUCACUGGCCUCGCGGGCCACCUACACAGAUACUCUCCAGCUGCUUUGGGGGUGAGCUGCUUCUGUGGGAAUUAACCAAAAGUGGAAAGCAGAAAUGGAGCCUCCUGGGCUCCUCAGAGGGACAGAACCAUUCCCGCAUUGUGUUUAAUCUUUGUUCACUAGUUACAGAGGAGGGGAAGGAGCUGAUUCUGUCUACAUCUAUGGAUCGGGAUGUAAAGUGUUGGGACCUCGGCUCCCUCUCCUGCUGUUGGUCAUUGAGCUCCCUUGGAGGCUUUGUGUACAGCCUGGCAUUUUCUCCAGUGGCAUCUGGAUGUCUAGCGAUCGGAGUGGGUGACAGCAUGAUUCGUGUCUGGAACACACUAUCUGUCGUAAAUGCAUAUGAUGUGAAGACACUGUGGCAAGGCAUCAGAUCUAAAGUGACUGCUCUCUCUUGGCAUCCAACUAAAGAGGGGAGUUUGGCCUUUGGGACAGAUGAUGGAAAAGUUGGAAUUUAUGACGUCUUUUCCACCAAACCCCCUCAGAUUUCCUCUACCUACCAUAAAAAGACUGUCUAUUCCAUGUCCUGGGGACCUCCAUUGGCUCCAUUUUCUUUUGGUGCUGAAGGAGACCGUCCUUCAUUCACCCUGUAUAGCUGUGGUGGAGAGGGGGUUAUUUUCCAGCACAACCCCCGGAAGCUGACUAUGGAGGCCCAAGAUAUUAACAAGCUUAUCCUUGAUACAAAUAACAUUAAACACAAGUUACCUUUGCAUACGGAACUGAACUGGAAACCAGACUGGCAACACAUAGCUAUUGGCAAUGAAGACGGGAGUAUUGAAAUUUUUCGGGCUCCUCAUCUUCUGCUGAUCUGCACUAUUCUGCAACAUCAUAAAAUUGUAAAUGCACUCCGCUGGCACCAUGAUCACUGUGAGGACCCCACCAUGAGCUUCCUUCUUGCAUCAGGAUCCAAUAAUGCUGUGAUCUAUGUACAUAACCUCAAGGGGGCACUAGAGAACACUGCCGAAGUCCCAGUCACCAUCACGGAUCCUUACCGUACCUUGUCUGGGCACACUGCUAAGAUCACCAGUCUGUCCUGGAGCCCUCAUCAUGAUGCUAGGCUGGUGUCUGCAAGCUAUGAUGGCACUUCUCAAGUUUGGGAUGUUCUCCAAGAAGAGCCAGUUAGUAACUAUCGAGGGCAUAAGGGGCGACUGCUCUGUGUCCAGUGGUCUCCAGUGGAGGCAGACCAGGUGUGGACAGGAGCAGAUGACUUCUGUUUACACAAUUGGUCCAUUUCAAAGCAGGAGCACAGUCGACCCCCCAAAGGAAAGAAAUCCACUGACCUCGAAAAGAAACGUUCUCUGCAAAUCAAAAGCAAGACAAAGAAAAAGAAGAAGACCGACAACAUGACUCAGGAGGUGGGAGGAGAAAUGGUGAGCAAAGAACAAGAAAGUCUUAUCACCCCAGCUCAAAAUGGGACAUCUGAUCAAGAACAAGAGUGGACCUCUCCAGAGAUAAUUCCUGAAAAAACAGACCUGAAUGAAGGUGAAGCAGAAUAUCCGCCUGCGUUAGAUGCUUCACCUCUGCCAAGUGUUGAGACGCGCAGCCCAAGCCCAACAUUUAAGAGGGCUGCACCCAGAAAGGAGCAACCGAAGGACAAGGGAGACCCCCACAAUAGAAAGAAGAAAGCACGUUCCCUACUUCCGAUUAGCACCAGCAAAGAUCACCGCUCCAAAGAAGAGCAACAUAGGGAUUGUAUGAAACUGGCAUCCAUCCUGUGCUCCAGUGGAGAAUCAGUAGUGGGAACAUGUUCCCAAAAUGAUCUUCCAUCACAUCUCGGACUAUACAGUGAUCGUACAACUCUACACCAACUCAUGGAAGAAGAGGGAAAAGGUCACCUGGAGAGUGGACACUCGGAACUCCAGCACCAGAUUAUGCUCUGGAAAGGUGACCUGCAGGGGGCGUUACAGCUGGCUGCAGAUAGGGGAGAGCUUACUGACCAGCUGCUUGCUCUGGCACCAGUGGCUGGAUACAAGGUCUGGGUCUGGACAACUGAAGCCUAUGUGAAACAGCUGUGCUUCCAGGAACAGUAUGUAAAAGCCGCCACUCAUCUCCUCUCUAUCAAUAAAAUCUAUGAGGCAGUGCAGCUCCUGAAAGGAAACCACUUAUACAGAGAAGCCAUUGCUGUGGCCAAAUGUCGUCUGCAACCAGAUGACCCCAUACUACGAGAUCUGUACACCAGCUGGGCCACUGUGCUGGAGAAAGAUGGUCACUAUUCUAUGGCUGCUAAGUGUUACUUAGGGGCAUUGUCCCCUUAUGACGCAGCUAAGGUCUUGGCCAAGAAGGGGGAUCUUCUGUCUCUUAGCACCGCAGCUGAACUCGCAUUAAUUUCAGGAGAGAAGACUUUAGCUGCCUCAUUCGCUCUGCGCUGUGCCCAGGAAAACAUUACUGUUAAAAACUGGGUUGAUGCCCAGAUGUCUCUUAAGCAGCACCAAACCUUGCUAGGACACAGAUUGGUCUAUUGUACCAGUGAGCUGCUGUUCACUCAUCUUAAAGACAAGACACCGGUAGAUUGGAAGACACAGACCACCCCAUGUUUUCAUGAUUGGGUGGGGCAUGGCAGCGAGGAGUCCUUCAUUAGUAAGCUCACAGGACUAUGGCAGAUGGAGUAUGGACUGUCCUCAGCAGAGCAGUAUACUGAAGUCUGUCAGCAACUCAGUACAUCUGACCCCUCACCAACUACCGCCAACACCAGUGCCAAGCAGCUGCUACUUCACAUUGCUCAAGAAGUGGUGCUGUCUGCUCUGAGCUACUUGUCAAAGAGCUGGAAUGAGAUGGCAUCGGCGAUACUCCGUGCCCUCUCCCGCUGUCAUCAGGCAGGACAGUUUACAUUAAUGCAAGAAAUUGCCCAGCUGCUGCUUCCAAAAGGUUGUGAUGAGUUAAGAGAGAACCUCAGCCUGGACAACAAAGAAAACUUAGCUGCUUGUGACAGCGUGCAGGCGUUCCUCGCCUACAUUAAACUUUAUGACGUGUGGUGGAAUCAGUCAAGAGUGAAGAUGGAAAUUUCUUCUGAAGAAGAUGCAGUUCUUGGUCCCCCAGGGAAGAUUGAUGCUCCAGAAAUUGUUUGUGACUUUAGGGUGCUGCUGUCAGACGUGCAUGCCGGCUUCCAGAACGCGCAGCGGGAGAUAGCAGAAGUUCAGCAGGCUCUCCGAGAGAUGAUACAGCAGCAUCAGAGGAACAGGCAGAUCCAGGAUAAUUCUCUAGAACUAGACCAAGACUCUGACUCAAACCCAGCAUCCCCACCUGAGAAAGGUCCUGACAGCAAGAGUGAGAUAACUAACCAAAAUCCAGUCUCCCUGACUGAGCUGAUGAAGAAGCUUUCUACAGCAAACCAUAAACUGGCUGAAUUUCCAGAAUACCUUAAGGUGCUGCCAUUCCCUGAUGUUUUGGAAUGCUGCCUAGUCAUACUUCACCUUCCGUCUGCUACGCUGACCUCUGACAUGCAUGGACAGGCCAUAAGUCUCCUACAGAGACACAGCUCCGGGUCACCUGACCACCACAAAGUAGCCAGCAAGUUCAUAUCUUCUUUACAAGGGCAGCCACCUAAAGACUAAGUUCAUGACUUGGCUUGUCACUGCUUCCAAGUCUGCAAUAACUUCUGCACUGGUGCCGGCAUCCGUCAGCUGCCUUUGCUUCUUCCAGAAGCUGCAUACUAUAGUCAUCCAUACAUCUGCUUAUGUAUUCAGUUGCUGGGUUAUGGACUAUGUUCCCAGGACUGAAAUUAAACAACAAUUGCGUAACUGAGGCCUUAGGAUGCAUGAAAUAUGCUGAACUAUAGCUUUAAGAGGCACUUUACAGACAAUCCAUUACCACCUUAUUGAUGUAGUUCAAUGCCAAGGAUCCAUGUUCCUAUUCUUUAUUUUCGAUAUUCUGUGUAUGUUCUGUCAUCGAUAUGCAGCAGUGAGUUAGCGUGUCGUCCGAAAUACAUUGCAGAGCUGUUUUUGGUGGUAAACCCAAGGUUAUGGCCUAUUCAAGGUGCAAAUUUCUGGUGACCUGGGCUGCAGAUAUUUUUUAAAAGUGGAAUUACUCAUAGGGUUAAAUGGGAAAAUUGAUAAAGUGAUCCAGUUUUGCAAUGUAAACUCUGAGGAUUGAGUUUUAGAGUGUUGACUUGGAGUAGGAAAUACUAUAUAAAAUGUAAAGGGGCAUUUCCAUCUCAAAGUGAUUGCACAUCAAAAGGAUAUGAGGGCCAACCUCUGGGACCUCCAUUACUAGUGAGAAUAAAGGGGUGCAGGGCUGGCCAACAGCAUUUCCCUGCACAGCCCAUUGUAUAGGAACUUCACUGUACAAGAAAAAAAACUGCAGUGCAAUGCUACACCAGCACUACCGUCCCUUCAUUCACACAGUCAGGGCCCCAAAGCUCGGACCCCCUAUGAUUAUAAAGCGAGAUGCCUUCACUUUAUGAAAUGGGAAAACCCCUUUAGGCGUACAUUCUAAUUUAAGCUUUAUAGGGGUUCUUCAGGAUUGGACAUACAAGACUGUCUUCUUCCAAAAAAACAGUACCACCCCUGUCUGUUGGUUGUGUCUAAUAUUGCAGCUGAGCUGCAGUACCACAAAGACUGGAUUUCAGCACUUCUCUACCCACAGAAAAGACUGGCACCAUUCUGUGCCACCACUUUUCCGCUGCUGUAUUGGGCAUUGUUGCCAACAAUGAUAGACAUGAAAGUUCUGUGUUGUAUAUACUGUAAUUUAUAAGAGAAUUAUAAGGAAUCUCUUGUAUAAAGUUUUGGUUUAUUAUGGGCUUUUACGUUCAUGGGGUUUAAGGGAUUGUCUGGAAUUAGAAAAGGUUUUUUUUUUUUCCCUGUAAACAGCGCAACUUCUGAUUAUAGGCUGUGUAAUAUUACAGCUCAGACCCAUACCAGUGACUGGUACUGAGCUGCAAUACCAGAUACAGCCUAUGGACAGGAGUGGCGCUGUUUCUUUGAAAGGGUUGGGGGUGGAGCUGACUUUUUUUUUUUUUCUAAUCUUGGACAAUCCUUUAUGACCAAGCUAACAAACAGGUUACUUUUUAUUAAUGGCCAAGUGCACUUUUCAAUCCUAACAUUUCAGAGCAUCGCAGCAGCUUUAGAUUCGAUAUCUAGAGGACGAUGCAGAAGUCGUUCACACCUUGGGAAAACUACUUAUGCACCUUGCGUCUUUACUGGAGAAAAGUGGCCUAGCAGAUAUCAACCAACCUUUAACUGUAUGAGAUACACACACAGAAAUGACACUGUGAACCUAUUAUCUUGUCUAUAUUCGCUGUCAUGCCAAGGAAGACUUGCUUUUUUUUUUUUCAAAUAAAUAUC